AUGUGUGUCCAACAUUUAUCCCGCCGUCUAUCGAAUAGCAACUCCUUUUUCCUACAACAGAAAAGGAGAAAUCUCAUCGCACUACACAAUUCAGCGAUAAAUAAUUUCCUUAAAAAAUCUUUAAGCUGCAAGGUGCGUUUCAAUCAGCACCAUCCGCGCCGGCAGUUCACUCAAUUAAGUAAUUUUUCCAAUUUAAAAAAAAACGUGAAAUAUGUGUACAGCUUCCGCUCCACGGAACAAAAAAAUGUAUUUCUCGAAAAGUGUUUUUUUCACCUAACCCCCAAGUAUCACUUACAAAGUCAGAUAACAAGAUCCCUUAAAAUAAAGCAAAGCAUUCAUUUGAUUAGGAGAAAGAAAAGGAAGGAACAUCGAAACUAUUAUAAGUAUGGGAUAGCGGCCAAUCACAAAAAUGGGAAUUCAUCACAAUCAGUUUUUCAGGUAGGGGAAUAUUCACAACAGAGGAACGGCAGGGCAGAGGGAAAACAACUGAUGAAUCAAAAUAUUCAUUCUGCCCGACAUACUUUUUCUGGACACAACAUAACCCGGGAAAGGCACACUCAAUGCCGAUGGAGCACCAACGCUAGCUCAUUUCACACGAAAAUAAUCAAACGUCCAAGGGGUGCAAAAUUGAGGAGUUCCCAUCUGAUGGGUAGAAUAACGAGAAGGAUCAGACACGUUGAAACGUCGAAGGAGGAUGGGAAUUUCCCCUCCAGUGGGCAAUCGCCUGUGCACCUUGAACAGAAUACGAAGGCGCGUGAACGUGAUCAGCCAAAUGGUGAAGACACGUACGUGAAGGAAAAAGGAGCAAGUUGCGAAAUUAACAAAAAUGAAACGAAUCCAAAUGAGCAUGUGGGAAACUCACCCCCCAAAGCACAAAACAAAGGGGACCACACAAACAGAAGCAAAAAGAACGACAAACAGGUUACAAAAAAGGGAGACUACUACAGCUGCAAAGAUGCUGAAAAAACGUUUGAAGAAAAAUCCCACGAAAAGGGAGAAAUGAAUAUAAAGAGGCACGACUUAAUCUUAGUAGCCCUCUCAGGGUGCAUUCCAUUUAUCUGUUUCGGCUUUGUUGAUAACUCCUUUAUGAUUAUAGCAGGGGAUUUAUUUGAUUCUACCUUCUGCGUUUUUCUAGGAUUCAGCACCUUGGCUGCAGCAGGCUUGGGAAAUCUAACGAGCGAUGUUUUAGGAAUCUUCAUUGGAGGGUACAUAGAAAAAAUAAUCGUCUAUAUAGGAUUCCCCAGAAUAAAUUUAACUAAUAAACAGCUUAAAAUGAAUAGAACGAGACGUUAUUACUAUAUAGGAAGUGCCAUAGGAAUAGCAGUAGGGUGUCUACUAGGCAUGAUUCCUCUUCUCUUUAUCGAUAGUAACAAAUUAGAAGAAAAAAAAAAAAGACAGAAAAAAAAAAAAAUAAAUAAUAAAAUUAUCAAUGUGGAUAAAACUCUCUUCCAAUUGGUUUCCACUCAGCUUCCAAACUUUCUUAAUUCAAAUUAUGCUUUUUUAUUUGUUCUUGAUGAAGGCGCUCGCAAUUUUUAUUCUAUGGUUAAUACCACCAUUGUACGGUUACCCCUUGAUGAGGACAUCAUUGGUCAUGUAUAUAAAAAGGGAAAACUUAUCAACUACGAAAGUGGCAGCCUCAUGAAGAAUUUUUCUCAUUCGUAUAAGCCCAGUACGCAGAGGGAUGAAGUCCGGGAAAAUUUACUUGAGAACGGGGAGGCAAAACUAUCCAUCCCAGGGGGCGCACCAGAAGAUUGUAUGAACAGUGAAAAUUCUCUGCAUUUUCUCAAAAACCAGAACUUCUACAUCAACGGAAAGAGAAUUGAUGUCCACCAGGUCAUUGCGGCACCGGUGUUUGCCCUAGAUGAAUCUAUUAAAGCUGUCGUGGUAGCUCUCAACGCAAAGGAUAACGUUUCCUUCUCCGAAAAAGACGCCCAGUUCCUCAGCAUGUUCUGCUCGCAUAUAUCGCAGGAGCUGGAGGAAGCCAAGGGGCUGGACGGAACCCUAAGGCUGUGCAAAAAAAUAGUAUACGACUAA